GCCAUAUUUUGUUAUAUUUGUCAGAACCUGAACCCUGACACUGACCCCUGGAGUGAUCCUGGAUUACGAUCAGCCUUUCCAGUGGUCAGGCUGUGGAAUGCAGUUUGGACGGUAACCUAAGCCAGAACAAACUUGGAGGCUAAAAAUAUGCUGUGUGAGUAACUCCAGGGCAGGAGAGGGUCUCUGGGACAAGGCAGGCCGAGGUUAGAGCACAAUAACAAACAGCUGGGUUAAAGGGACGGAGGAACAACUAGACUCAAACACGUCCAAACGCUGAGAUAUCUACCUGACGAUGAUAGAAACGAGUGACUAGAGAGCUCGAAUAUUCCUUGCUGUGACUGUUAGACGUUUCUGUCUUUUGUUGUCCAUAUUCUCUGCUGGAAAUGAUGAACUUUAAUCUGAGUGUCAAGCCGCCAGCAGCAGGGAGUUCUGGGUCUGGAGCGGGAAGUGGUGCCGUCAUGGAGGACCUGGAGAAACAGCUCAUCUGCCCGGUGUGCCAGGAGAUGUUCUCCAAACCCGUGGUCAUCCUGCCGUGCCAACACAAUCUCUGCCGCAAGUGUGCCAACGACAUCUUCCAGACGGCUAACCCUCUUUGGCAGUCUCGCAGCUUGUCCAGCUGCUUCCGCUGUCCUUCAUGUCGCCAGGAGGUGGUGCUGGACCGCCACGGGGUUUACGGCUUGCAGAGGAACCUGCUGGUGGAGAACAUCUUAGACAUCUACAAGCAACAGGAGGCCUCCAGGCUCAUAAAGAUGAAACCGGAGCAGCAGCAGCUAAUGUGUGAGGAUCACGAAGAUGAGAAAAUCAACAUCUACUGCCUCUCCUGCCAGACGCCCACCUGCUCCAUGUGCAAGGUUUUCGGUCAACACAAAGACUGUGAGGUCGCCCCGCUCAGCAGCGUCUACGCCAGUCAGAGGACGGAACUGAGUGACAGCAUUGCAGUUUUGAUCGCCAGUAAUGAUCACAUCCAGUCAGUCAUCUCGCAGAUGGAAGAAAUCUGCAGCACCAUAGAGGAAAACGCACAGCGCCAGAGGGAGCAGCUGGUUCACCAUCUCAACGAGCUGAUGGCUCUGUUAGAGGAGCGCAAGCAGGACCUCAUUUGCCUUAUUACCAAACAACAAGAUGAAAAGCUGCAACACUUUCGAUCCCUCAUCCAUCGGCACAGCGAGCACCUGGAAGCCGCCGUCACGUUGGUCGAGUCGGCCAUCCAGAACAUGGAAGAGCCACACAUGCCUCUGUUCAUACAGAAUGCCACAGCCAUUCUGGAGAGGAUGUCAGUAGCAGCCAGAGCCUGUGCUGUGGAGCGUCCUGAGUUUGGGUUUGAGAAUUUGAGCCACUUCGCCAUCGACACAGAUGACGUCGCUGACAUACUGAGGAACAUCGACUUCUGCUCGGCUGUUGGGGCUGAAGACAAUCCUGAAGAAGAUGGACAGGAUUCUGAAUUUGAUGACAGCUCAAGACUUUGAGGUUUUUCAGAGGUAGAUGUGGUCGUGAACAUACAACCCGCUGCACCCUUCACAUGCAGCUUCUUCUCUCUGUGUGUGAAUAACUCAUUCUUUGAUGGAAAUAU